AAUUCUAAACUCCAUGCUCUCCCACAUUCAAUCAAAAUUAUACCCAUUUUCCCUUUUUCCCUUUUUUUCUUUAAUCAGAUCUGCCAAAGUUUUCCAAAAAGCGUGAAUUUCAUAUUGUUGUUCUUGAUACUGUGCUGAUUCGUUCUCAUGGCGUAUGAUAAUCCAUUCGACGAAGAAGAAGAAGAAGUUAACCCGUUUGGGGACCAAAGCACUCAAGGUAGCGGUCCAUUUAAUAUGGCAAAUCCUGGGAGCAAGCCGUCUGCAUCAAGCUCAAGACUUUCCCCUCUUCCACCUGAACGUGCUGAUACUGUAGAUAUUCCUAUUGAUAGUACCGCCAUGGAAUUAAAGAGGAAGGAGGAGGAACUUCAUGCUAGGGAGGCUGAACUGAAGAAGAGGGAACAAGAACUGAAAAGGAAAGAAGAUGCCAUAGCACGGGCUGGGAUCGUUAUAGAGGAAAAGAAUUUUCCACCAUUCUUCCCUAUUAUUCACCACGAUAUUGCGAAUGAAAUUCCAGUUCAUCUACAGAAGAUGCAAUAUGUGGCAUUCCUGACACUAUUGGGUCUUGUUGUCUGUCUUGCCUGGAACAUUGUUGCCGUUGCCUUAGCAGCUUGGGUGAAUGAAGAAGGUCCAAUGAUCUUCUUUCUUGCUAUCAUCUACUUCAUAACAGGUGUCCCUGGAGCCUAUGUGUUGUGGUAUCGCCCUCUCUAUCGUGCGAUGAAGAGCGAUAGUGCAUUGAAGUUAGUUUGGUUUUUCUUGAGUUACAUGUUUCACAUUGGAUUCUGUGUUGUUGCUGCUGUUGCGCCUCCCAUCUUUUUUAAGGGGAAAUCUUUGACUGGUAUCUUGCCUGCACUCGAAGUUUCUUUCAGCAGUUCUUUCGUUGGGAUAUUCUACUUUAUUGGAUUCGGGCUAUUCGCCAUCGAAUCACUGAUGAGCAUAUGGGUCAUUCAGCAAGUGUACAUGUAUUUCCGGGGAAGUGGCAAAGCGGCAGAGAUGAGGAGGGAAGCUGCAAGGCAAACUAUGAUGGCAGCGCUAUGACACCACAGCUGUGGAGUGGCGGUGGGUGGCGGUAGCGCUGGUCUGGGCUUCGGGCUUUGGAUUCUUCGAUUGCUUUUAUAUCUUUUCUCCUCUCAAUUCAACCUGCAGAUCUGAACUGGCCACUGGUACUAGAUGAACAUAUACAGGCUGUUUAUAUAGUGACACUACAUUAGUCCUUGCAUAAAUGCUGCAUUUACUGCAUACUCAACAUUGAAUUUGACUGAUAGUUUUUUACCCCCUUUUUCUUUUUCCUCUUUUCUGGUUAGAAGUUUUUGUUUGUUUGUUUUUUGCAACUUUUUCAGA